UGAUGUUUCUUGUUGAUGGAACAUGGCGGCGGGAAUUGAUCGAAAGAUCACUAAUGAUAACUAUCCUUGAAUCUACGAGAUCAUGUCCAAAUCACCUAGAGGAGAAGAUUCAUCCGUCGUUUUAACAAAUGGCGAGCAAACUCAGGAAGGCAGUAAUGAAAGGAAAAAUGACCCAAAGCUGACAACAUUCAAUGCUGGCUAUAAGCUGGUCAACAGGCUGACUAUGCAUGACUUGAAAGCAGUCCAGGAUGCUUUUAUGAUAAACCAGUCAGGUAAUGAACGUGAGCUCAGCUUGGAUGUGGAUCAGUUCUGUGAAAUUCUCUCCAUUGUGCUCAACAAAGGUUCAAGAGAAGAAUACGAAGAUCUGUUUAACAAAGUUGAUGUGGGAAAGGAAGGCUAUGUUGACUGGGACAGAUUUUGUUCUCAUAUGCUGCUAGAAUACUAUGAAAAAGAUGAUAGAAUGAAAACUACACAGGUUCCUCAAUGGCGAGAACUCAGGAAUAUUACUAGUCCUCACAAGGAACCCAUCAUUAGAAUUUCUCCGUUGAUGAAUCCAUCAAGAUACAUUGUAGUUAGUAAGGAAGGAGUAAUUUCCCUUUGGGCACAGAACAUGAAGCCAUUAAGAACUGUUCAGGUUCAUACUGAUCAAGAUGAAGUAAAACAGAGGGACCUUUGGGUUACAGACUUUAUACCAAUGCAAAAUAUUUACAAACUGGCACUUGCUCUUACAAGUAAAGAAAUUGCUAUUUAUGAUUUGAGCUCCAAAUCAGAGUUCAACUGUCAGUUCAGAAUACAAGGCCUGGAGCAUACACCUUUAUGUAUGGACUACUGGAGUAACCCAUACAAAACAAAUGAAGCAAUUCUUGUUUAUGGAGAUGUUCAUGGCCAGGUUAAUGCGCUGCUGUUUUCAGCAGCAACAAUGGCAUUGUUUGAUCGUCCAUCACAACCUGCAGGAAGUAAACAAGAUGUUUGUUUGAAUGUGAAUAUUCAGGAUGUAAAUAGAGGUUACUACAAGAAUGCAAGAUUUGUGAAGCAUCAGGGACACACAGAAUGGGCAAGGCAAGUGAUGUACUCAGCUCAUUUGGACUGCUUCAUAUCAUGUGCCACAAACUACAAGAACUCACUGGUGCUUGGAUGGAUUGAAAAAUCAAAAAUGAACAUGAGGACGACACAGUUUAAAAUUCCACAAGGUGUGAAUGCAUUUGACUACAGUGAAAGAAUCAACUUGAUUGCUACAGCAGGAGUCAAUCACCAUGUGUGCCUAUGGAACCCAUAUGUCAUCUCCAAACCAGUUGGGGUUCUCAGAGGUCAUAUGCAAAGUGUUAUUUCAGUGAGAUUCAUUGAAACAAGAGGCCAGCUCAUCAGUUUGUCAAAAGACAAAGUUCUCCGGAUUUGGGACACUCACCUUCAGGUUUGUCUUCAACGUCUGUCAGGAAUGUUUCCUAAAGGACCAUCAGAAGUAUCUAUCACAAUGUAUUAUGAUGAAGAACACAGCAAACUUUUCACAGCUUUUAAUCAGCAGCUUACCCUGAUGGUAAUGAAGCCGGAAGUUAAAGACAGAAUCAUGAGCCAUGAACAUCCAGUCACUGCUGCCAUUUACAACAGCAAGUUUAACCAGGUGGUCAGUGCAUGUACUGGAUCUGUUAUUACCAUGUGGAUGAUAGAAACAGGACAGAAAGUCAAACAAUUUGCCAAUGCACAUGGUAACUCAGAAAUUACAACCUUGACUCAGGAUGCCACAGAGACCAGACUUUUUACAGCAAGUGCUGAUGGUACAGUUAAGAUCUGGGAUUUCAAUGGCCACUGUCACCAUAUUUUAAUGGCUGGUAAUGGAGAUCCAGCAGAGAUCAGUCAAGUACUUUGUUUAAAGAGGAUCAUUAUUGUGGUUGGGUGGGACAGGACCAUCUCUGUCUUCAGAGACAAUCAGCUGAACUCCUUUUAUGUCUACCCUUCAGAAUGGAAAGGAAGACUGGAACACCAAGAUGAUGUUUUGUCCGAGGCGUUUUGUGCUCCAACAACACUGGCUACAGCAAGCUAUGAUGGUGAAAUUGUACUCUGGAAUUUGAAUUCAGAGCAAGCUUUCAGACACCUUUCUUCACACACUAAAAGAAAAAGUACUCGGUCUUCCAGAAGAGCGAGAAAAACGUUGGACAUUACCAGUCCCCCUCAGCGGUCAGUGGAAGCGGAGACAUCAUUAACCUCAGCGACUUCUGUAUCGUCUGAGCGGCCACCAAGCGAGCAGCAGGAUGACUUUGGUUAUGCAGUUACCAAACUCAUAUUCCUCAAUGAAAGACCGAUGUCUGCGUCAAGUGUUGGAGCAAACUUAGUUUCCUGUAACGCUAGUGGAUGGGUUCGAUUUUGGAAUUCACAUAAAUCGUUGUGUGUCGGCCAGUUUUUAGCUCACGAAAACGCUGGAUUUCUAACGAUGACUGUGGAUGAAACAAACACUUACUUGGUAACUGGUGACGCAGAUGGAGUCAUUAAAGUCUGGGACAUCUCGGAGUAUUGUAUCGCUUCUGUGAUUGAGAACGACAACCCACCACCCCUCCUCAAACAGUUUCAACCUCACACGGACACCAUCAACAGCAUUCAACUGUUCACUCGCUCAGAGAGGCUGCUGGUACUUACAGCGUCAAGUGACUGUGCUGUUGCAUUAUGGGAUGUGGAAGGCCGCUAUAUUGGAAUAUUCGGACAGGAAGAGCAUUGGAAGAUUGAGCCAAUCUCCAUAGAAGAACGAGAAGCUGAGCAAGCUAAACAGGCUGAACAGGCCGAGUCCGAUAACUCCGACGAAGACGAGCUAGCUGAAGAGGAAGGCAAAACAGAUGAUGUGCAACUUUUUGCUGAUGAAGGCUUCGACGCAGAGUUUAGAGUUUCUACUUGGGAACAAACCAUAUUAGGUAAGGCCUAUCAGGAGAAGAGAAUCGAUAAACGAGAAAGACGACAGCCUCAAGUUAUUCCUGAUCUUCCAUAUCUGAAUUGGGAGAAGACGGGACAAGCUCCAGCCGGACCCUAUGCGUCUUUAGAGACGUCAGACCUUCAGGAUGUUGGUGUCAUUCAUAAGCCAGACUUUGUUGCUCAUCCUGAAAAAUAUUUCAGUGAAAGAUCAGCGGGGAAGCGUCAAAGCACAGAUACCUCCGUACCUACAUUACCAAGUGUUACUGACAACCUUCAAAUGCGUUACGACGAACGAAGCCUUUUUCCGAAAUACAUCUUGGAGAUGGAAGCUAAAAUGAAGGCUACGCAUGCACUUGGAAUGCGUGCAUCACGUGGUGCACGUGCUCGCGGUGAUGCUUUACAAGCAAGAUCACGAGGCUCGCACGAGGUUCCUCAAGCAAAUAACAAGAAAAUGACUAGCUGGAAAGUACUGCUGACCAGUAAAGGCAAGGAUUUGUAACGGCAGAAAUGUAAGAGCUGCUGAACUCUGUGUGCGAAAAGAUCUCAAGAGUAGCCACCUGCUACCCGUGCUGACAAGAACAAGAAUCAGUGAAUUGAGAACAACAAUAAGAAAACUAAAAUGUUGACGUUUGUCUCACGAUUUAGUCAGUAAGGAUGCAGAUGGAAAAUUUUCGACUGCAUAAUACUUUCUCCUAGCAGUUACAGAAGGGAGAAUUCCUUCUAAAACUGUAAAUAAAUAAGUGUACAAUUUGUAUUUAUAAAUCGAACGUAUCAUUCCGUAGAGCUUUUUGCCCCGGCUUGUUUCUGUUACACACCCCUUCCUUUUUCUUGAGUAAUCGGAUUCUCCUGAACGCAUUUCUGCGCAUGUCCCCGCUUGAGCUUAAAUUAUGCUUCAAAAGCAAAUAACCUUUGGUCUAGAUUAGAUUGAUUUGGGCGUCGACCCUAUUUUUGGCUGUUCUUUUUCCCUAUCCCCAGGUGAUGUUAUUUUGUUAGCUCAUCUUGGACAGCACGACUCCAAGACUUCUUUGGACGGCCCUUGGUUCAACUGAAUUGAAAUUCGCUCGACUUUUCACUUUUACUCCUAACUAACCUGCCUGUACAAGCUGCAGCUGUGUCUGAGCUUUUGUGCUUUAUUACAUGACAUACCCAUUCAUACGUGUUUACAUGUGGUACUGCUGACAUGUUAAGCUACUUCAAAUAAAAUGUUUGUUGAAAAUC